AUGAGUCCAAAAAUCAAUACCUCGCGCUUCUACUUCGAGUGGAAAGGCCACACCAUUCCUGAUGCCACCGCUUUCCAUGCCACCACCCUUUCACUAAGGCCGAACAAACCCAUCAUAUACCUCGCUGGCGACUCCUCCUUCGACAACAAAUACUGGGUCCCAUCAAGCGGUCCAGGAGGUGAACCUCUCACCGUGGAAGUGCCUGAAAUCUAUCGCGCAACCCUCGACCGACCACACCCAAAGCCGGAUAUUGCAUUCUGGCUGAAUCAUUUCCUGGGUGGGCAGGCAACAACUCUCAACUUGGCUGAUCUGCUGGAGCAUGAUACGUUCAUCAGAGACAACAUCCGUGCUGAGGACAUUCUCAUCGUCUCAGUCGGCGCGAAUGAUAUCGCAAUGAGGCCAACUCUCGCAACCAUGCGCAACAUGCUUCAGCUUGCGUGGUUGACCCCGCGAAGUUCUCUUGAGAAGGGAACAGCUUGGUCUCUGAGCCACUUUACGGAUAUGUUCAAAACCCAGGUGGAAGCAUAUGUGUCAAAAAUUGUCGAGAAGCAAAAGCCUCGAGCAGUCAUCGUGUGCAUGAUAUACUUUCCUCUGGAAGCGGGGGCUGUGAAACAAAAGAGUUGGGCAGAUCCUCAGCUGAAGGUCUUGGGUUAUAAUCGAUUUCCAGGACAUCUGCAAACUGCUAUCACGAAAAUGUAUGAGCUUGCAACGACGAAGGUUCAGAUACCGGGGGUAAAAGUUGUGCCAUGCGCACUUUAUGAGGCUCUGGAUGGAAAGCACAAUGAGGAUUAUACCGCGAGGGUAGAACCAAGCGCUGAAGGGGGACACAAGAUGGCAUUGAAGUUGAAGAAGAUCAUUGAAUCCUUGAUUGCAGGCGGCGAGCAGCAAAUUUGA